AUGCCUUCAUCUAAGCAGGGCAAGAAAUCCCAGCAGCCGCCGUCCCAGCAGUCCCAAACGGAGCGGUCGACGCAAGGCACCUCUGCGAGCACGCGGCCGAUACAGCUUCCACCAGAACCGCCGGUGCAAACACUCCCUACGCGCAAGCGGGCCCGGGAACCUUCUCCGAAGCAGCUGGUGCAAGAGCAAGAGAACGCUAAGGGCAAGCAGGUCGAGCAGCCAGUACAAGUAAAUACCAAGGGAAAGCAACCGGAGCAGCCUCGGCCUCAGCAACCUGUUCAAGCCGACCCGAAGGGCAAGCAACCGGAGCAGCCUCGGCCUCAGCAACCUGUUCAAGCCGACCCGAAGGGCAAGCAGGUUGAGCAGCCGGUACAAGUAAAUACCAAGGGAAAGCAACCGGAGCAGCCUCGAGCCCAGCAACCUGUUCAAGCCGACCCGAAGGGCAAGCAGGUUGAGCAACCGGUACAAGCAAAAACUAAGGGGAAGCCAACGGAGCAGCCUCGAUCCCAGCAACCUGUUCAAGCCGACCCGAAGGGCAAGCAAGUCGAGCAACCGGUGCAAGCCAGUUUUAAAAGCAAGCAGCCUCAACAAGCCUCGCCCGAACAAUCGAAGCAUCCCUCCGUCAAAGGCAAACAACCUCAGAAAUCAUCGUCCGAGCAACAGCAGCAAGUCACAUCUGCCCAGCAGCCUCGACCCAGGAAGGCCAUCCUAGCCAACGCCAAUCCAGUGUACCUAGGGAGCCCAAAGGUCUACAUCGCCCGCAUACCCUGGAACAGGAAUGCCAAGCGAAGCACUAUGCAUCGGGUCGAAGUAUCCCUGAUCCCCGUCAGUUACUUCCGCCACCCGCAGACCUUAUUCUUCAAGAACCUCCCCGAUGUUGAGCGGUACUGGGGCUUCCUCAACGAUGCCGCCACGACGGCGCAGAGAAUCGUCAGGUUGGAGAAGGACGGCCAGCCUAUGCCUUAUUUCCUGCUCGUGUGCAGAGGGGAAUAUCCGAAAGUUACAUCCCCACGGAACGACAAUGCCCUUUUCGCGGCCAUGCACGAGCCGAUCUUCGGUGACGCCUUCGUGUUCAAAUUGGAAGACCCAGAGGUUGACGAGGACGGUUAUGCGAGAUAUGCCCAUAUUGAAAAGGACGUUGGUAGCAUUGACUGGCUUCCGGAGGCGAUCAAGGACGCUGCUAGGAAGGUCGAAUAUGCCAUGUCCCCUACAGCGAACCCCGGAUUUCCAGAUCUGGCGAACUAUGCAGAUCGGGAGACGAUGAUGGAGGACGUCCAGAAGAUGUACCGUUGGAUUGAGGCGAUAAGGAAGGCCAAUAGAAAGUACGAGAGUGCUAUGGCCGUUGACGCAAUAUCUGGAUUGCCUGAUCUUGAGAGGAUGAAAGACGCGAUUGUCAAAUUGACGAAAAAGGUUGAUGGUUGGAAAAGGCAGAGUAUUUUACCCAUUGACGGAGUUUCCGAGCCGUCAGAUUUCCAGACCGUGGAGGACUUCGUUCACAAGAAAGUGCCCGACGCUUUCAAAGCGUUUGAGGACAAUGCUACCGUCAUCAACGCUGCCAGAAAUGUGGAUGGAGCUCUGUCCGCACAGAAGAUUCCCGGAUCCUCUGGCCUCGAGACGAGCAACGCUGUCAAAAGGGUGACGGACUCUUUUCAUGCGACGAAGAAAGCUUAUGGGGAACUGAAAGCUAUCGCGAGUGUGAACUUUGCCAGAACCGUUGUCAACAAUGAAGCUUCGAGAGCUCACGAAAUACCCGCAGUGAUUGAUCUGAAUGUGCUCGGACAGAUGAUCGACACCUUCCAGAUGCAGGUUGCUAUCUGGGAGAAGGACGGUGCUUUUUCCACUGACGCAAACUCCGAUUUGGUAGACCGGAAGUUAAUCGCUGAAUUUCUCAAGAAGAUCCAAGUUGCUGAUCAAGCGAUGAAGAAAUCUAGCGACAAGCCGAAGAUUGCUAGGGCCGUCAUUGAAGUUAACGAUGUCUUCCAAGUGAUAAGGGCCAAAGUCGAGAAACUGGAAGCCUUCACGAAUGUGGAAGUUGCCGACACAGUCGACGCUGCUAGGACUUCCGAUGCGAAUCCCGAAAUGCCGGAUCUCCCAGGUCAUCCAGGUACUUCGCGUUACAGAGUAGAACGCUUGGAUUGA